CACAAGGUUAUAAGUUACUUACCAUUUACGAAGUUUGGCAUUUCACUGAAAUAGCUCAAUACGACCCGUGUACCAAAACAGGUGGGCUUUUUACAGAAUAUGUGAAUACUUUCUUGAAAGUCAAACAGGAAGCCAGUGGUUGGCCAGACUGGUGUGAAAAUGAAAAAGACAAACAAUUGUAUAUUAAGCAGUAUUUUGAUAAAGAAGGUAUUUUACUAGAUUAUGAUAAGAUUGAAGAAAAUCCUGGUCUGAGACUUUUAGCUAAAAUUAUUCUUAACUCUUUCUGGGGGAAAUUUGGACAACGUUCCAACCUUACGCAAACAACCUUUAUUGAUGAUCCAUCUCAAUUCAUUGAUAUGAUGACAUCUGACCAACAAGAAAUCAAGAACGUACGUUUUAUAAAUGAUGAAGCAGUCCAGUUAGACUGGGCAUAUAAUACUGAUUUCAUAGAAACAUCAGGUAGAACCAAUGUUGUUGUGGCUGCAUACACAACCGCUCAAGCCCGUUUGAAAUUGUACAGUUAUUUACAACCAUUAGGUGAAAGAGUUUUGUAUUGUGAUACCGAUUCUGUUGUGUUCACCUCUGUACAGGGUGAGUGGGAUCCUCCAUUAGGUGACUUCCUGGGAGAUUUAACGGAUGAAGUUCCAAACAAUCAAAUAACUAGAUUCAUCACCGGAGGGCCUAAGAACUACGCAUAUUGUUUAGAAAAGCCAAACAAAAAAGGUCAAUCUUCAAUUUGUAAAGUCAGGGGAAUUACGCUAAAUUUUAAGAAUUCACUGGACAUUAAUUUUGAUACACUGAAAGAUAUGGUAACGGGACAGAUGCAAAAUCAAUGCGUUAAAGUUGUAGACAGAAAUAAAAUCGUUAGAAACAGAGAAAUGUGUCACAUCAUAACAAAGACAGAAAUAAAAGACUAUAAAAUUGUGUUUGACAAGAGAGUGAUCUCUGAAAACUACAAUUCGUUCCCUUACGGUUAUUAAUAAUAUAUUGAAAAUCACAAUAUUAAGUUUAUUGUAGCACAGGAGUCUGAAAUUCUAUCAAUAAGCCACAGAAAGUCUAUCUUAAAAAAAAAACACCCCCCUCUAUAGACUCCUGUGAUUGUAGCGUAUUUACUUGAAAGUAUAUGCAUUGUAUUUAUGUAUUUUACAUUUGUUUCUUGCAUAUUCUAUGUUGUAAUAACUGUAAAUAAAAUACGUCUAAAGUCACAAAAUCUGGUUCUGCUUUUUAUGUU